AUGGCGCUCUCAGCUUUGCGCGGCGUUGCGCUCGGCGCGGGGCGGUCCGCCAGGUUGUUGGUGCGACCUCCGACAAUGCCAGCCACGAGGCUUACAGGGAUGUGUGCGCGACUGCCCUUGCAGGCCGCCGCCACGCGAUCCUACACCACCAUGCAGAAGUACUCCAGGGAUGAUGUGCUGAGCACCCUUGAUGAGUACCAUGCUACCGUCAUGAGCACCAACUGGGCCGACUACCUCAUCUUGGUCUACAGUGUCCCCUUCUGGGAGGCAGAGCUGGAGAAGUUGACUUCAGUCGUGCAGCCGUACCUCCAUGAGCCCGACGUAGGCAAGAAGUUCAAGGAGAUCCAAGAGAUGAUGGAUGUGUUCUACCAGUGUGAGGACAUUCGCGACCACCUGAAUGAGUUGGCCGAGUUGGCGACGCGCGCUUCGGGCUUCAUGGGCACGGGGUUUGCCGCAGAGGAGAAAGUGGAGAACAUGGACGACCACGCCAAGCAGGCGGCGGAGGCUUACGGGAAGAUGCUGGAGAAGACACGGUCUGGCCAUCUUGCGCCAGAAGCACAAGUUCAAGUUCGGCAGCAUGCACCGCUACUUCUACUGAGCGCGCAGCGCGCCGGCGGGAACGUCGAAGGGAGUUCUGCGGCCUUGCGCGGGAUGCGUCGCCUUGCCCACCGCGUCGAGCGCGGCUCGGGGAAGAUACUCGAGGACCUUUUGAAGAAGUCGCAAGUCCAAGAGCUCCGGGGUUUGACCUUUGCAGACGUGGAGGAGAUGGAGCAAAUGCUAGAGGAGCUCUAUGUUCGACCUGAUGAGUCCUCCGACGACGGCAAUCGGCAGCUACAGGGCAUGGGCUUCCGAAGAGACCAGGUCAGCGACCGGGGGCUCAAAGAGCUGAUAGACAGGGGUCUUAGAGACGAGCCACUGCCUGCGGCGCAGGAGCCGCCGCCUACGUGGCCAUCCAAGGAGGAGGGUGGCCCUCAGGCUGCGCUGCAGGCAUCCUUCCGAUGCAUUGGCAAGGAGCUGGGGGCAGUCAAUGCCAAGCUCGACGGCGCAUCCCUCGCCGAGACUGCCACAAGUGAGCUCGUGCGCGAGGAGGUGCUGCGCUUGUUCGCCUCAGGCGGGAAGCGGCUCCGUCCCGCCCUUACUUUGCUGACAGCUGCGGCCACGGGAGCGUCUGAGGGCGCCAUGGCCAACGUUGCGGCCCUCGCGGCCGCUGUGGAGGUGCUCCACUCUGCCUCCCUGGUGCAUGACGACAUCCUGGACGACGCUGACAAGCGCCGCGGCGAGGAGACCGCCCACCUGCGCCUCGGCGAGCGCAGCGCCACGCUGGUGGGCGACUUCCUGUUUGCCACAGCCUCGGUGCUCGUCGCGGAAAUUGGGAGCCUUCCAACGGUGCUUCUGAUUUCGAAGGUCGUCGCCGACUUCGGCAGGGGCGAGCUGGCGCAGUCCGCCGUGCGGUUCGAGGCGGUAGACUACUCGCUCGAGGACUACUUGGCCAAGAGUUUCUACAAGACGGCCUCUCUGCUGGCGGCGGCAUGCCAUGCGGCCGCGGUCUUGAGCAAACAGGUCAGUGCUGCUACCGAUUUGGAGCUUUCGUCGGCCUAG